AUGAGAAGUGCUAUGGAUGAAGUAUGCCCCAGGUAUAACUGGGACUCAGAAAUGCUUAGUUUAGCCUGGAGUGAAAGGUUACGGGAAGUUUCAGAAAAACUGAACAAGUAUAAUUUAAACAGCCACCCCCCUUUGAAUGUAUUGGAACAGGCUACUAUUAAACAGUGUGUGGUGGGACCAAAUCAUGCUGCCUUUCUUCUUGAGGAUGGUAGAGUUUGCAGGAUCGGUUUUUCAGUACAGCCAGACAGACUGGAAUUGGGUAAACCUGAUAAUAAUGAUGGGUCAAAGUUGAACAGCAACUCUGGGGCAGGGAGAACCUCAAGGCCCGGUAGGACAAGCGACUCCCCAUGGUUUCUCUCAGGUUCCGAGACUCUGGGCAGGCUGGCAGGCAACACCCUGGGAAGUCGCUGGAGUUCUGGCGUAGGUGGCAGUGGAGGAGGAUCCUCUGGUAGGUCGUCAGCUGGAGCGCGAGAUUCCCGUCGACAGACUCGAGUGAUUCGGACAGGACGGGAUCGAGGGUCUGGGCUUUUGGGCAGUCAGCCCCAGCCCGUUAUUCCAGCCUCCGUCAUCCCCGAGGAGCUGAUUUCACAGGCCCAAGUUGUUUUACAAGGCAAAUCCAGAAGUGUCAUUAUUCGGGAACUUCAGCGAACAAACCUCGAUGUAAACCUUGCUGUAAAUAAUUUACUUAGCCGGGAUGAUGAAGAUGGAGAUGAUGGGGAUGACACAGCCAGUGAAUCCUACUUGCCUGGAGAGGAUCUUAUGUCUCUUCUUGAUGCUGACAUUCAUUCUGCCCACCCAAGUGUCAUUAUUGAUGCGGAUGCCAUGUUUUCUGAAGACAUUAGCUAUUUUGGUUACCCUUCAUUUCGUCGCUCAUCACUUUCCAGGCUAGGCUCAUCUCGAGAGAGAGACUCUGAGCUGUUGCGUGAACGUGAAUCCGUUUUACGUUUACGUGAACGAAGGUGGCUUGACGGAGCCUCAUUUGAUAAUGAAAGGGGCUCUACCAGCAAGGAAGGAGAGCCAAACUUGGAUAAGAAAAACACACCUGUUCAAAGUCCAGUGUCUCUAGGAGAAGAUUUGCAGUGGUGGCCUGAUAAGGAUGGGACAAAAUUCAUCUGUAUUGGGGCCCUAUAUUCUGAGCUUUUGGCUGUGAGCAGUAAAGGAGAACUUUAUCAGUGGAAGUGGAGUGAAUCGGAGCCUUACAGGAAUGCACAGAAUCCUUCAUUGCAUCAUCCACGAGCAACAUUUUUGGGGCUGACCAAUGAAAAGAUAGUCCUCCUGUCUGCAAAUAGCAUAAGAGCAACUGUAGCUACAGAAAAUAACAAGGUUGCUACAUGGGUAGAUGAAACUUUAAGUUCUGUGGCUUCUAAAUUAGAGCACACUGCACAGACUUAUUCUGAACUUCAAGGUGAACGGAUAGUUUCUUUACAUUGCUGUGCCCUCUAUACCUGUGCCCAGCUAGAAAACAAUUUAUAUUGGUGGGUAUGCUUAAGAAAUAAUCCUCUUUAUCAUGCUGGAGCAGUUGCAUUUUCAAUUAAUGCUGGGAUUCCUAAAGUUGGUGUCUUAAUGGAGUCCGUUUGGAAUAUGAAUGAUAGCUGUAGAUUUCAACUUAGAUCCCCUGAGAGCUUGAAAAGUAUGGACAAAGCUAGCAAAACUACUGAAGCUAAGCCUGAAAGCAAGCAGGAACCAGUGAAAACAGAAAUGGGACCCCCACCAUCUCCGGCAUCGACGUGUAGUGACGCAUCCUCCAUUGCCAGCAGUGCGUCAAUGCCAUACAAACGACGACGGUCCACCCCUGCCCCCAAAGAGGAGGAAAAGGUGAACGAAGAGCAGUGGUCUCUUCGGGAAGUCGUUUUUGUGGAAGAUGUUAAGAAUGUUCCCGUUGGCAAGGUGCUAAAAGUGGACGGUGCCUAUGUUGCUGUAAAAUUUCCUGGCACGUCUAGCAAUACAAACUGUCAGAGCAGCUCUGGCUCAGAUGCGGACCCUUCUUCGCUCCUGCAGGACUGUAGGUUACUUAGAAUCGAUGAACUGCAGGUUGUCAAAACUGGUGGAACACCAAAAGUUCCUGACUGUUUCCAACGGACUCCUAAAAAGCUUUGUAUACCUGAAAAAACAGAAAUAUUGGCAGUGAAUGUAGAUUCCAAAGGUGUGCAUGCUGUUCUGAAGACUGGGAAUUGGGUGCGGUACUGUAUCUUUGAUCUUGCGACAGGAAAAGCAGAGCAGGAAAACAACUUCCCGACAAGCAGCAUUGCUUUCCUUGGUCAGAAUGAGAGGAAUGUAGCCAUUUUCACUGCUGGACAGGAGUCUCCUAUUAUUCUUCGAGAUGGAAAUGGUACUAUUUACCCAAUGGCCAAAGAUUGCAUGGGAGGAAUAAGGGAUCCUGAUUGGCUUGAUCUUCCACCCAUUAGUAGUCUUGGCAUGGGUGUACAUUCUUUAAUAAAUCUGCCUGCCAAUUCAACAAUCAAAAAGAAAGCUGCUAUUAUCAUCAUGGCUGUAGAGAAACAAACCUUAAUGCAGCACAUCCUACGCUGUGACUAUGAGGCCUGUCGACAAUAUCUUAUGAAUCUUGAGCAAGCAGUUGUUUUAGAGCAGAAUCUACAGAUGCUACAGACAUUCAUCAGCCACAGAUGUGAUGGAAAUCGGAAUAUUUUGCAUGCUUGUGUAUCAGUUUGCUUUCCAACCAGCAAUAAGGAAACUAAAGAAGAAGAAGAAGCAGAGCGCUCUGAAAGAAAUACUUUUGCUGAAAGGCUUUCUGCAGUUGAAGCCAUUGCAAAUGCAAUAUCAGUCGUUUCAAGUAAUGGCCCGGGUAACCGGGCUGGAUCAUCAAGUAGCCGAAGUUUGAGAUUACGGGAAAUGAUGCGACGUUCAUUGAGAGCGGCUGGUUUGGGUAGACAUGAAGCUGGAGCUUCAUCCAGUGACCAUCAGGAUCCAGUUUCACCCCCGAUAGCCCCCCCUAGUUGGGUUCCUGAUCCUCCUGCGAUGGAUCCUGAUGGUGACAUUGAUUUUAUCCUGGCCCCUGCUGUGGGAUCUCUUACCACAGCAGCCUCUGGCACCGCUCAAGGACCAAGCACCUCCACCAUUCCAGGUCCUUCCACAGAGCCAUCUGUAGUAGAAUCCAAGGAUCGAAAGGCCAAUGCUCAUUUUAUAUUGAAAUUGUUAUGUGACAGUGUUGUUCUGCAGCCCUAUCUACGAGAACUCCUUUCUGCCAAGGAUGCAAGGGGAAUGACCCCAUUUAUGUCAGCUGUAAGUGGCCGAGCUUACCCAGCGGCAAUUACCAUCUUAGAAACAGCCCAGAAAAUUGCAAAAGCUGAAGUAUCCUCAAGUGAAAAAGAGGAAGAUGUUUUUAUGGGAAUGGUUUGCCCAUCAGGCACCAACCCCGAUGACUCUCCAUUAUAUGUCUUAUGUUGUAAUGAUACCUGCAGUUUUACAUGGACUGGAGCAGAGCACAUUAACCAGGAUAUUUUUGAGUGUCGAACGUGUGGCUUGCUGGAGUCACUCUGUUGUUGUACGGAAUGUGCCAGAGUUUGCCAUAAAGGCCAUGAUUGCAAACUCAAACGGACAUCACCGACAGCCUAUUGUGAUUGUUGGGAGAAAUGUAAAUGCAAAACUCUAAUUGCUGGACAGAAAUCUGCUCGCCUUGAUCUACUUUAUCGCCUGCUCACUGCUACUAAUCUGGUCACUCUGCCAAACAGCAGGGGAGAGCACCUGCUAUUGUUUUUAGUGCAAACAGUUGCAAGGCAGACAGUAGAGCAUUGCCAGUACAGACCUCCUCGGAUCAGGGAGGAUCGUAAUCGAAAAACAGCCAAUCCUGAAGAUUCAGAUAUGCCUGAUCAUGACUUAGAGCCCCCCAGAUUUGCCCAGCUUGCGUUGGAGCGCGUUCUACAGGACUGGAAUGCUUUGAAAUCUAUGAUUAUGUUUGGCUCACAGGAGAAUAAAGAUCCUCUCAGUGCCAGCAGUAGGAUAGGCCACCUUUUGCCAGAAGAGCAAGUAUACCUCAAUCAGCAAAGCGGCACGAUUCGGCUGGACUGUUUUACUCAUUGCCUUAUAGUCAAGUGUACAGCAGAUAUCUUGCUUCUGGAUACCCUCCUGGGCACGCUGGUGAAAGAACUCCAGAACAAGUACACACCUGGGCGUCGGGAAGAAGCCAUUGCGGUGACAAUGAGGUUUCUGCGCUCUGUGGCAAGAGUUUUUGUCAUUCUUAGUGUGGAAAUGGCUUCAUCCAAAAAGAAAAACAACUUUAUUCCGCAGCCAAUUGGAAAAUGCAAGCGUGUAUUCCAGGCACUGCUGCCUUAUGCAGUGGAAGAAUUGUGCAAUGUAGCAGAGUCGCUGAUAGUUCCUGUCAGAAUGGGGAUCGCUCGCCCAACUGCACCUUUUACUCUGGCUAGUACCAGCAUAGAUGCCAUGCAAGGCAGUGAAGAAUUAUUUUCAGUGGAACCACUACCACCACGACCAUCAUCUGAUCAGUCUAGCAGCUCCAGCCAGUCUCAGUCGUCCUACAUCCUCCGCAACCCACAGCAGAGGCGCAUCAGCCAGUCUCAGCCUGUUCGGGGCAGAGACGAAGAACAGGAUGACAUUGUCUCGGCAGACGUGGAAGAGGUUGAGGUGGUAGAAGGUGUGGCUGGAGAAGAGGAUCAUCAUGAUGAACAGGAAGAACAUGGGGAAGAAAAUGCUGAGGCUGAGGGCCAACAUGAUGAGCACGAUGAGGACGGGAGUGACAUGGAACUGGACUUGCUAGCAGCAGCUGAAACAGAAAGUGACAGUGAAAGCAAUCAUAGCAACCAAGAUAAUGCCAGUGGGCGCAGAAGUGUUGUCACUGCAGCAACUGCUGGCUCAGAAGCAGGUGCAAGCAGUGUUCCUGCCUUCUUUUCUGAAGAUGACUCGCAGUCAAAUGACUCGAGUGAUUCUGAUAGUAGCAGUAGUCAGAGUGACGACAUAGAGCAGGAGACCUUUAUGCUUGAUGAGCCUUUAGAGAGAACCACGAACAGCUCCCACGCUAACGGUGCUGCCCAAGCUCCCCGUUCCAUGCAAUGGGCUGUCCGCAACACCCAGCAUCAGCGAGCAGCCAGCACAGCCCCUUCCAGCACAUCCACGCCAGCAGCAAGUUCAGCAGUUUUGAUUUAUAUCGAUCCUUCGAACUUACGCCGCAGUGGUACCAUCAGCACGAGUGCUGCAGCGGCAGCAGCUGCGUUGGAAGCUAGCAAUGCCAGCAGCUACUUAACAUCUGCAAGCAGUUUAGCCAGGGCUUACAGCAUUGUCAUCAGACAAAUCUCAGACUUGAUGGGCCUUAUUCCUAAGUAUAAUCACCUAGUAUACUCGCAGAUUCCAGCCGCUGUGAAAUUGACUUAUCAAGAUGCAGUAAACUUACAGAACUAUGUAGAAGAGAAGCUUAUUCCCACAUGGAACUGGAUGGUCAGUAUUAUGGAUUCUACUGAAGCUCAGUUACGUUAUGGUUCUGCAUUAGCAUCUGCCGGUGACCCGGGACACCCAAAUCAUCCUCUUCACGCUUCUCAGAACUCAGCACGGAGAGAGAGGAUGACCGCACGAGAGGAGGCUAGUUUACGAACCCUUGAGGGCAGACGCCGUGCCACAUUGCUUAGUGCUCGUCAAGGAAUGAUGUCAGCUCGAGGGGACUUCCUAAAUUAUGCUCUUUCUCUAAUGCGGUCUCAUAAUGAUGAGCAUUCGGAUGUCCUUCCAGUUUUGGAUGUUUGCUCACUGAAGCAUGUAGCAUAUGUUUUUCAAGCCCUUAUAUAUUGGAUUAAAGCAAUGAAUCAGCAGACAACAUUGGACACACCUCAACUGGAACGCAAAAGGACGCGAGAACUCUUGGAACUGGGUAUUGAUAAUGAAGAUUCAGAACAUGAAAAUGAUGAUGACACCAAUCAAAGUGCUACUUUGAAUGAUAAGGAUGAUGACUCUCUUCCUGCAGAAACUGGCCAAAAUCAUCCAUUUUUCCGACGCUCAGAUUCCAUGACAUUCCUUGGGUGUAUACCCCCAAAUCCAUUUGAAGUGCCUCUGGCUGAAGCCAUCCCCUUGGCUGAUCAACCACAUUUGUUGCAGCCAAAUGCUAGAAAGGAGGAUCUUUUUGGCCGACCAAGUCAGGGUCUUUAUUCUUCAUCUGCCAAUAGUGGGAAAUGCUUAAUGGAGGUUACAGUGGAUAGAAACUGCCUUGAGGUUCUUCCAACUAAAAUGUCUUAUGCUGCCAACUUGAAAAAUGUAAUGAACAUGCAAAAUCGACAAAAAAAGGAAGGGGAAGAACAGAACGUGGUGCCAGAAGAAGCCGAGAGUGCUAAACCAGGGCCAUCUGCUCAUGAUCUUGCUGCACAGCUGAAAAGCAGUUUACUGGCAGAAAUAGGACUGACUGAAAGUGAAGGGCCACCUCUUACCUCUUUCAGGCCACAGUGUAGCUUCAUGGGAAUGGUUAUUUCCCAUGAUAUGCUGCUAGGACGUUGGCGCCUUUCAUUAGAACUGUUCGGCAGGGUAUUCAUGGAAGAUGUUGGAGCAGAACCUGGAUCAAUCCUAACCGAAUUGGGUGGUUUUGAGGUAAAAGAAUCAAAAUUCCGUAGAGAAAUGGAAAAACUGAGAAAUCAGCAGUCAAGAGAUUUAUCACUAGAGGUGGAUCGGGAUCGAGACCUUCUUAUUCAGCAGACCAUGAGGCAGCUGAACAAUCACUUUGGGCGAAGAUGUGCUACUACACCAAUGGCUGUACACAGAGUAAAAGUCACAUUUAAGGACGAGCCAGGAGAGGGCAGUGGUGUAGCACGAAGUUUUUAUACAGCCAUUGCACAGGCGUUUUUGUCAAAUGAAAAAUUGCCAAAUCUAGAUUGUAUCCAAAAUGCCAACAAAGGCACUCAUACAAGUUUGAUGCAAAGAUUAAGGAAUAGAGGAGAGCGGGAUCGGGAAAGGGAGAGAGAGAGGGAAAUGAGGAGAAGUAGUGGCUUGCGAGCAGGUUCUCGGAGAGAUCGGGAUAGAGACUUUAGAAGACAGCUUUCCAUCGACACUAGACCCUUCAGACCAGCCUCUGAAGGGAAUCCUAGUGAUGAUCCUGAUCCUCUGCCAGCACAUCGUCAGGCGCUUGGAGAAAGACUUUAUCCCCGUGUACAAGCAAUGCAACCAGCUUUUGCAAGUAAAAUCACUGGCAUGUUGUUGGAAUUAUCCCCAGCUCAGUUGCUUCUCCUUCUAGCAAGUGAAGAUUCUCUGAGAGCAAGAGUGGAUGAAGCCAUGGAACUCAUUAUUGCACAUGGACGGGAAAAUGGAGCUGAUAGUAUCCUGGAUCUUGGAUUAUUAGACUCCUCAGAAAAGGUACAGGAAAACCGAAAGCGUCAUGGCUCUAGUCGAAGUGUAGUAGAUAUGGAUCUAGAUGACACAGACGAUGGUGAUGACAAUGCCCCUUUGUUUUACCAACCUGGAAAAAGAGGAUUUUAUACUCCAAGACCUGGCAAAAACACAGAAGCAAGGUUGAAUUGUUUCAGAAACAUUGGCAGGAUUCUUGGACUAUGUCUGUUACAGAAUGAACUAUGUCCUAUCACAUUGAAUAGGCAUGUGAUUAAAGUGUUGCUCGGUAGAAAAGUCAACUGGCAUGAUUUUGCUUUUUUUGAUCCUGUGAUGUAUGAGAGUUUGCGGCAACUUAUCCUCGCUUCCCAGAGUUCAGAUGCUGAUGCUGUUUUCUCAGCGAUGGAUUUGGCAUUUGCGAUUGACCUGUGUAAAGAAGAGGGUGGAGGACAGGUUGAACUUAUUCCUAAUGGUGUAAAUAUACCAGUGACUCCCCAGAAUGUGUAUGAAUAUGUGCGGAAAUAUGCAGAGCACAGAAUGUUGGUAGUUGCAGAACAGCCACUACAUGCAAUGAGGAAAGGUCUACUGGAUGUGCUUCCAAAAAACUCAUUAGAAGAUUUAACAGCAGAAGAUUUUAGGCUUUUGGUAAAUGGCUGUGGUGAAGUUAAUGUGCAGAUGCUGAUCAGUUUUACCUCUUUCAAUGAUGAAUCAGGAGAAAAUGCCGAGAAGCUCUUACAAUUCAAGCGUUGGUUCUGGUCAAUAGUAGAGAAGAUGAGCAUGACAGAACGACAAGAUCUUGUUUACUUUUGGACAUCAAGCCCAUCAUUACCAGCCAGUGAAGAAGGAUUUCAGCCUAUGCCCUCAAUCACAAUAAGACCACCAGAUGACCAACAUCUUCCUACUGCAAACACUUGCAUUUCUCGACUUUACGUCCCACUCUAUUCCUCUAAACAGAUUCUCAAACAGAAAUUGCUACUCGCCAUUAAGACCAAGAAUUUUGGUUUUGUGUAGAGUAUAAAAAGUGUGUAACUGCUGUGUAAUAUUACUAGCGAAUUUUGUAGAUUUUUUUCAUUUGUCUAUAAAAGUUUAUGGAAGUCAAUGCUGUCACACCCCCUGGAGGUACCUUAAAGAGAUAAAUACAAACAUUCCUUGCUGAGUUUGUAGCAUAAAGGACUGAGGAGCACUAGCAACAUUUAACUAUGAUUUGCUAGUUAACAACUUUGGGUCUAACCCCAGCCAAAGAUGACAGCAGAACAACAUAAUUUACACUGUGAUUUAUCUUUUUGCUGAGGGGGAAAAUGUAAAAUGUUCUGAAAAUUCACUGCUGCCUUUGUGAAAAGUGUUUCAGCAAAGGUUCUUGUAUAGAGGGAAUAGGGAAUUUCAAAAUAAAAAAUUAAGUAUGUUCUGUGUUUUCAUUUUAA